CUGUGAGUUUAGGCCUUGUGAGGUUAGCAAUCCCUGUGAGAAUGGAGCUGUGUGCAUACAAGAGAUGGAUUUGGACAUUUUUCCCCUUGGAUUCCAGUGUCAGUGUAUGAAGGGCUUUGCAGGUCCACGCUGUGAGAUCAAUGUCAAUGAGUGCAGCUCCAGCCCUUGCCUCCACGGAUAUUGCUAUGACAUUGUUGACGGCUUCUAUUGUUUGUGCAACCCUGGAUAUGCAGGACUGAAAUGUGACCAGGACGUUGAUGACUGUAUUCUGAAUGCUUGUGACCACAAUUCUACAUGCAUGGACCUGCAUCUGGCUGUGAAAGGCUGAAGGGUGAGGAAAGGAGAAAGGAACAAGUCAACUUGAUGUUUCAGCUAAACCUGAAGAUAAGGAGCUGACUCCAGCCCAAGGCCAUUGCACACACUCUGAUACCUGCCAAGACAGAAGGGGAGGAGUCUACCCCUCCCCCCCCAUCACCUCCAACCAGCCAUGAGAAAGGAGAAUUGCUGAACAAAAUUUCAGGGGCUGUGAAAAGGAGUGAGACAACAAGGUCAGCGAGAGAAAAAUAAGCGUCUCAAAGCCCUGAAGCUGGUGUGUUUUGGGAAAGCUGAGAAAGCCAUGGAUGGCCGGUUCGAACUGGUAUACGGAGCUUGGGGAACAAAGGUCCAGGAGGGAGAUGCCUCCAAGAGACCCAAGGAACUUAAAAACCCGCCUGGGAGCUGAGGCAAAUUGGAGAUCAACAGCGGAUCCUGGACAACCCAUGCACGGGACAAGAACUUCCGUCCACCUCUCCCCCUCUUCUUCUUACGUUACACUCAGGCUUGGCCAACCUCAGGUAGUGUGGGUGUGUCAUAAAUAUAAAGGGAAGGAUAAACACCUUUAAAUCCCUCCUGGCCAGAGGAAAGACCCUUUCACCUGUAAAGGGUUAAGAAGGUAAUAUAACCUCGCUGGCACCUGACCAAAAUGACCA